AUGCCCUGUGUUGUUGUCGACCCUAGUGCAGCAGUCCCACCUGCUCUCCAGUCCGCUAGUUCAUCAGAUACGACCUGGGACACCACCUACCAGGACGAGGGACCAGCGCGGAGUGCUAAUGGGGAUAUGAACUGGGAUAGCCCAGAGGACGAGUUAACUGUUCCCAAGCUAGAGCCUAUGGAUGAUGAUUGUUUCCGAAUGGAUGACGUUAAAGAAGAGCCCCGCGCGUCAGUUCCUUUAUCAGACUGUCCGUCAGCAGCUCCGCCAAAAGUGAAAAGGCCGAGGGGACGGCCACGGAAGCACCCUAUAGGAACGCAGCAAGUUAGCAGUAAAAUUGCGAAAGGUCGCUCGAAGACUGGCUGUAUCACUUGCCGGAGAAGAAAGAAGAAGUGCGACGAAGCAAAACCACGCUGCUUGAACUGUGAGAAGAACGCAGUGAUUUGCGAGGGCUAUCACGAGAAGACGAUUUGGAGAGGUGGCCGUGAGAAAAAGACAGGAGAGGACGAGAGGAGACAGAGCCUUCCUCAGAUUACGCUCCAGCCAAUUUUCGAAGGCGUUGAAACCGCCGAAGACCGAAUCUUCUUCGGACACUUUAUCAAUAACCUAAGCGGCGUCCUUACCGUCGAAGGUCAGCAUAGAAACGCUUUCAAGGAUAUGCUGCUUCAAAUGGCAUUGGAGCAUCGCGGUCUCAUGCACUCUAUCCUUUCGCUAGCAAGUAAACACCUUGACUAUGAAACACCCUAUGGCAGCAAGCUUCUUAGCUCUAACCCCAAAGUCAACCGUUCGUCUAUGAUAGCUCGGUCGCAUUUCCAUCACGAUCAAGCCAUGCAACUACUGCUACAAUGGGGUAAAAGCGGUGAAGAAGUGCCGGACCAGAAAGCUAAUCUAGCACCCUACUAUGGCCAGAUGCUGUGCCUCCUGUUGCAGGCAGCUGCUGAAGGAUCCACGGUGAGCGCACAUCGAGUACAUCUUCGGGCCUACAAGAGCUUGAUCCAGGAAAACCCACCGCCAGACGAAGCCUUUACCACAUUCAUCACCGAGUUAUUUCAAUAUCGCGUUUUCGCAGAUGAGCUCAUCCUGCAGCCUGACAUGCAAUCAAAACGUCUGGCUACGGAAGACUGGGAGCCAUGGACCGUGAUCGAACCUGCGCGAUUAAUUGGAAUUGGCGACAGGCUAUUUCACUACCUUGCCAAGAUCACAACUAUAAAAAACGAAAUAAGAUCCAACUUGUCCGCCAAUACCAACCCGAUAGUUACCUCGGAAAUGGCGAUGCGGGCCCAUGAUAUCAGCGCGGGAAUCAUGGAAUGGGAGCCAACCUGGCCUGCGGGAGACAACCGAAACCGCGUCAGUCAACUCUACAAGCAAAUGAUGUGGGUGUACCUUUAUCGGACUAUUUUCCCUCCACCGGCGUCGGCAAUCGCAAAUACAAUGAACAACAACAUGGGCGUUGACUCGAGCGUUAGUCCUUAUGUGGCCAUCAGCAACGUGGCGGAUGGUAGCAACGUAAUGCCUCUCUCGCCUGCCUCCUCACAGUCCUGCUCUACGACGCGCUCACCUCCUCCCGUUGGUGUUUUUCCUCCAGGAUCUGAUCGCCGACUAUCGAAUGGAAGCUUUCAAUCAACGCCGAUAUACCUCGUCGGUGGAGGAUCGCCUCCGCCUAUCAUGCUAUUUCCCCCACAUUCUGACCCGCGGAGAUUGUCUCUUGCUGUUGAUGAAUGCCUUGGAAUACUUGAAGAAUUCAAACCGAGCGAUCCCGUGCAGACGUUGCUACUGGUUCCAUGUCUCGUGCUUGGGUGCGCAUCAUUUAAGCCUGAACAGCAGGAUCGUGUGAGAGAUGCAAUCCGCAUAGUACGUGGUUAUACAGGGAUGCGUAACUGUGAUCGCCUCGCAGAGUUUCUGGAAAUAAUAUGGGAGCUCAUGGGUCGGGGCGAGUGGGAAAAGGUUUGGGAUUGGCAACGUACAGCAAAGCUGAAUAAGCUUGAUUUCGCAUGUGCUUGA